AUGUUUCUGAUUCUGCUCCUGCGCCUGGGCCACUCUGCUCAGAACCAGCCCAAGCUAGCCCCCCAGAAGGAGAAAUGUGGGGUGAAGAGCUACAUCAGAAACCAUUUGACUACCAGACAGUGGUGUGGAUCUUCAGCCAACAGACUGUAUGACCCCCAGAUAUAUGAGCAAGCCCAGGACCCGCUGGCACCGCAGGGCACAGAGGACAGUAACUCGGGUAGAAGAAGCGGGAUGCUCCCCUCCAUCCUGAAGGAGAUGCCCGCAGCCAUGGAGAGGCGAAGCGAGCCGAGCCGUCAAGCCUGGAGACUUGAGGACCGAGCCCAGAAAAUGCGGGGGAAGAUCCGCUGGAGGGUGGCCGCCCAGCGCCCCCAGCAGAAGAGAUGGCAAAGAGAUCCUCAGGACUCCCAGGGAGCGGAGACUGACAGCAGUCUGAAGGCCAAGCAACAGAUAGCGUCCAAGGGCCGCCAUGAUUGCAUCACCGAGGAAAGAAGUUGCGGCCUGGCCUCACCCAGCUUGACCAGCGGUUGA